UCUGUCUCUCCAAGUAGUCCGUGUCUUUCCCUCUCAGCGCUGUGCUGCUGCUGCUGCUGGAGUGUGAGUGUGUGAGAGUGUGAGUGUGUGUGUCUAUAUACAUGUGUGUGUGUAUGUGCGUGUGCGCGCCUCACCGUGCCGUCCCUGCGCUGCUUCCCCGGACCAUGGAGCUCGCGGCGCGCGCCUUGUUGCUGCUCGCGAGCCUCGGCGCGGCUUCCUGCGCGGCCACGGACUGGGACGCGGCGGCGGCGGCGGCGGUGGUGGAGCCGAGCUACUACGACGACGCGCUGAUGAGUUCUCCAGAAGCGAUCGACUACAAAGACCCGUGCAAAGCCGUGGCCUAUCUGGGGGACAUAGCGCUGGACGAAGAGGACAUGCGGAUGUUUAAAGUGGACCGCAUUGUGGAUGCCGUCCAGAAAACGGUGAUAAAUCUCAACCGCACAGACACGGCAGGUGUGUUGGCCAAUGACACGAGCCCGAAUGCUGCCAGGGCCAAUCGGCAGGUCUCGCGGCGCAGGAAGAGGGCGGCGACGUCCCGCCCCGAGAGGGUGUGGCCCGAGGGGGUCAUCCCUUAUGUUAUAAGUGGCAACUUCAGUGGUAGUCAGAGGGCCAUAUUCCGGCAGGCGAUGAGACAUUGGGAGAAACACACGUGUGUGACGUUCAUCGAGAGAACCACAGAGGACAGCUACAUCGUCUUCACCUACCGGCCGUGUGGGUGUUGCUCGUAUGUGGGUCGCAGGGGAGGAGGACCCCAGGCCAUUUCCAUUGGGAAAAACUGCGACAAGUUUGGAAUUGUGGUGCAUGAACUCGGUCACGUGAUCGGAUUCUGGCAUGAGCACACGCGGCCAGACCGAGACGACCACGUCAGUAUUAUACGGGACAACAUCCAGCCUGGACAGGAGUACAACUUCUUGAAGAUGGAGCCCGGUGAAGUGGACUCUCUAGGGGAAGUCUAUGACUUUGACAGCAUCAUGCACUAUGCCAGAAAUACAUUUUCCAGAGGGAUUUUCCUGGAUACCAUUUUGCCACGAUAUGACAUAAACGGCGUCCGUCCCCCCAUCGGCCAGAGAACCAGGCUGAGCAAAGGAGACAUCGCGCAGGCGCGCAAACUGUACAAGUGUCCAAGAUGCGGAGACAGUCUUCAGGACAGCAGCGGGAACUUCUCCUCUCCGGGGUUCCCCAACGGCUACUCGGCGUAUAUGCACUGUAUCUGGAGAAUCUCAGUCACGCCGGGCGAAAAGAUCAUUCUCAAUUUCACGUCCAUGGAUCUAUAUCGGAGUCAUCUGUGCUGGUACGAUCACGUGGAGAUCAGAGAUGGAUACUGGAGGAAAGCCCCACUCAAAGGUCGAUUCUGCGGAGACAAGCUUCCUGAGCCGAUCGUUUCGACAGACAGCCGUUUGUGGAUCGAGUUCAGGAGCAGCAGCAACUGGGUGGGCAAAGGCUUCUCAGCCGUGUAUGAAGCUAUCUGUGGUGGUGAAGUGAAGAAGGAUAAUGGGCAGAUCCAGUCUCCAAACUACCCAGAUGACUACAGACCCAAUAAAGUCUGUGUGUGGAAGAUCACUGUGGCUCAGGGCUACCAUGUAGGCCUUACCUUCCAGUCCUUUGAAAUCGAGAGGCACGACAGCUGUGCUUAUGACUAUCUCGAGGUACGCGAUGGGAAUUCGGAAAACAGUCCGCUGCUGGGCCGCUUCUGUGGAUACGACAAGCCGGAUGAUAUCAAGAGCAGCUCGAACCAGCUUUGGAUGAAGUUUGUGUCUGAUGGCUCGGUCAACAAAGCCGGGUUCGCUGCCAACUUCUUCAAAGAGAUGGAUGAAUGUUCAAGGCCAGACAACGGUCGCUGUGAGCAACGCUGCGUAAACACACUAGGCAGUUAUAAGUGUGCGUGUGAUCCAGGCUUUGAGCUGGCUGCAGACAAACGGAGCUGCGAGGCUGCGUGCGGCGGCUUCAUCACCAAGCUGAACGGCUCCAUCACGAGUCCCGGCUGGCCGCGCGAGUACCCGCCAAACAAGAACUGCGUCUGGCAGCUGGUGGCGCCCACGCAGUACCGCAUCACGCUGCUCUUCGACGUCUUCGAGACCGAGGGCAACGAUGUGUGCAAGUACGACUUCGUCGAGGUCAGGAGCGGUCUUUCUGCAGACUCCAGGCUGCACGGGAAGUUCUGCGGCGCUGAGAAGCCGGAGACCAUCACUUCUCAGUACAACAACAUGCGCAUCGAGUUCAAAUCGGACAACACAGUCUCUAAGAAGGGUUUCAAGGCUCAGUUCUUCUCAGAUAAGGACGAGUGCUCGAAGGAGAACGGUGGUUGCCAGCACGAGUGUGUGAACACCUUUGGUAGUUAUAGUUGCCAGUGCAGGAGCGGUUUUGUCCUGCAUGAAAAUAAACAUGACUGCAAAGAAGCCGGCUGUGAUCACACGGUGAACAGUGUGAGUGGAACCAUCACCAGUCCCAACUGGCCUGAUAAAUACCCUAGUAAGAAAGCGUGCACAUGGGCUCUCUCCACCACGCCCGGACAUCGCAUCAAAAUAGCCUUCAAUGAACUCGACAUGGAGCCUCAUUUAGAGUGCGCAUACGAUCACAUUGAGAUCUACGAUGGCCGCGAUGGGAAGGCGCCCAGCCUCGGACGCUACUGCGGCUCCAAGAAACCUCCUCCAGUCACAUCAUCCGGAAACAAGAUGUUUAUUCGCUUCUUCUCUGACAACUCGGUGCAGAAGAAAGGAUUUGAGGCCUCGCAUACUGCAGAGUGCGGAGGUCAAUUAAAAGCUGAGGUGAAAACCAAAGACCUCUACUCACAUGCCCAGUUUGGAGACAACAACUAUCCCGGUGCGUCAGAUUGCCAGUGGGUGAUCUCGGCUGAGAAGGGCUACGGUGUUGAGCUCAUCUUUCAGACGUUCGAGAUUGAAGAGGAGGCCGACUGCGGCUACGACUAUAUGGAGUUGUACGACGGCGCCGACACCAAGGCCCCAAGGCUCGGCCGGUACUGCGGAUCUGGGCCUCCCGAAGAGAUUUACUCAGCCGGCGACUCCAUCGUCAUCAAGUUCAGAUCAGAUGACACCAUCAACAAGAAGGGCUUCCACGUGCGCUACACCAGCACCAAGUUCCAGGACACGCUGCAUUCGCGGAAGAAGUGACCCCUAGUGGCCGGGAGGGGCCGCACAGGGCCCAGGGGGAGGAGUCGAGGCGCCAGGUGGAGGGCGCAGCCCGUCGCUCGGAGCCCCCCGGCCGCCAAUGCCAGCCGCAAGAACGAUGCCAACCACACCUCAGUAGCUCGCAGGGGCUCUGGUGCCCCCUACUGACUGUGAGGAGUAAAGCCAUUCCGCAGUAGACCUUGUUUUUACCUUUUUUAUGAUUAUGAUUAAUGAUUGGGGGGGCGGAGUAUCAGGUAGGAAGAGGGGACUAUAUUUGGAUUAGAGGAUUAUUUGGGAUACAAGGGGGCUGUCAUGACUGGGGGGCAUGAAUAGAGAAGUGUAGAUGAUCAGUAAUAUGAUCACCCUUGGAUUUUUUUUCUUCUUCUUUUUUUUUUUUUUUUUAAAUGAGCCGAAAUGCAAUUGCAAAAAACACACACAUGAUGGAGCAUUCAGGUUUCAACGAGCCAGGCAGCAACAACACAAAUGGAGGGAAAAAGGAUUGAUGGAUGGAAGAAUUAAAGGGUGGAUCUAUCUUUUUUUUUUUUCCUUUUUCCCAGGGCAUUAUGGGAAACCUCAAUCUUUUUCAAACACACACACACACACACACAGUUGUACACAGCUGGUUCCAAAUCCACUACUUGAGUUACUGACACUGUUUGUCAGACAGGUGCAUGUAACAGCGGGAAAAAAAAAACAGCAAAUGGGCCGUUUUAUGUGACUGCACAAGCCUUUGUCAUAUUUUUUUCCUGGCUAGUCAUCCAGGAAGCUUCCUUCCAUAUUAGCGUUAUCGAGGAAAGUAAAAAAAAAAAGAAAAAAAAAGACACAGUUAUCGUAUUAAAAUAUUAAUAAAUGAAAUGUGGCCCAUGUCUGUUGGCUGUUAAUUGCUUUUCCAUUAAAACGUACAAAAAUGUGAUUAUUUUGA